UCGAGUGUGUUGCACGUAUACGCGCGUUCGUGGCGGAAGCAAAUGCAAGCGAAAUUAAUUUUGAUUUAGAAAUGCACCAAAUUGUAAUUAAGUAACAGCAAUAAAAGGUACGAAAAGAAUUGCAAGUGGAACGGUGAUCUUUAAUAAAAGUUAAAUAAAAAAAUUUAAAUGAGUUUGUGGAGUGACAGCCUAAAUGUAGGCAUCAAACUUGCAACAUAUUUGUGGUCUAAGCGUAACUCAGAACCUGGAGCUUGCUUAGCGGCUAGUGUAGUGUGCUAGUUAGUGGCAGUGGUUUAUUUCAAACUCACACACAAUGCAGUACAGUUACAGUAACUUUGUUGCUGCCGUUACUUCAGGGCGUUAAAUGCUGUUGCCUACAAGUAGGCGCAAUAAGAUAAAUGACAUCGUGGCAUGGUUUUGCCAAAACAGUGUUGCCUCAGCAUGCCUGUGCAGCUGAAGUAAAUAAAUGAGAUUACAGUCACUGGCAGGUGAAGUACCGAAAAACACCCAAAAAAUUUGAAGCAGAAAAUAACAACAAAAGCCAAACUCUUAUGCCAGCCAAGGUAAAAAUAGCGCAGUUUGCACGCGAGAUUGAUAUAAAUUAAGUGCCAUUUAUGCUUGAAGUGAAAUAUUAUCCGGAAUAAGUAAGUGUUAUAAAUGGUGUGACAUAUUUUUCGGCGCCACAACAACAUAACUGACAAUAAAAAUAACGAGAGCACCGCGACAACAACGACAAUCAAAAUAUGAAAGUGAGCAGCUUUGUCUGAAUUAAAGUGGCACAUAUAGAUUAAUUGAAUGAAUUAGAAGUGUUGAUGGUGAUUUUAAUUGAAAUUGAAGGCGGCUACUAUGGGUUGGCACUGAAAAGUAUGCAAUACCGAAAUGAGAUUGUCAAAUUGAAGUGUGACAAAAUGUGGUAAAUGGCAAAAUUGCAAGAAAUAUUGAACGGAAAUCAUUUGCAUAAUUUACAUUUCGAGGCGUUCAAGCGUUGAGGAGUGCAAACACGAAACACGAGCGAAAAAGAGAAAGUGAAAUUAAUUGGACUAAUAAGUGGUUAUGAAGAAAAUUUAUGCAAUGUCAAGUUGAUUAAUGACAAUACAGGUGGUGGAAGUGUUGUUGCAUAUUCAUUUGUACUCAGCAUUUAACAAUAACAAAUGUUGUUUUGAAAGUGCAACAGAAGCUUUAACGAAAGCCAUUGAAGCAAUUAACUAAACAUAAAGAGUUUGUUCCAUAAAAAAACCAGGUGUUAGAGAUUUUCAUAUAAUACUGUUACAAAUGUAAACUAAGAAAGGGAGUAAAAAAUACUCACACAUCAAAAGAAAUUCACUUUGACCCAUUUCGAAGAUUGUCGCGUAAACACUGUAACGCGCCGAAACGCGGUUAACCCGCCAUUAAAAAGCACAAUUGUGUGUUUGUAAGCGAAGAAAUACAAAAACAGAAAGUAGAAGCAGUGGUGUAAGAAAACUGUGAAAAAAUUGUGAAAAAACGAAAUCACGUAAACGGGCGCAAAAACAAAAAAACAUUACACCUACACCGGCCACUCAAUGGCAGCAGCAGCGACAGCAACGAGCGCUUGAAGUCGAGUUAAGUGCUUACUGCGCGCCUAGAGGUAGGCAACGAACAGCGUGGCAGCUGGCAGUUGGCAGCUGAGUAACGGCGCGUGAGUGGCGUGGGUAGCGCUAACUGUAACCAGCCAAAAACAGUCUACAAUUCAAGCAUUCGCCUGCCUGCUCGACGCCUGACUGUCUGCUUGGCUGCCCACCUUUUCACCACUUGGUCGCCUGCCAGCCAAGAAAACAACAAAGCGCGCACGGCGAAUGAAGUGUGCAGCGCAGAGAAAAACAUUUAGAAAAGCGAGAAAGUGAGAGAAAAAGGAAAACAACAUUUUGGGUUAUUAGUCCCGUGAGUGUUUUUUAAAAAGACCAUUUUUCUGGUAUUUCACUGGCACUAAUUUGAUGAAAUCUUUAGUUGGCAUUUUUCGUGCCACCCCAGUUCUCACUGAACACCACGGCUGUCAGACUCGAUUUUGGCAUUUUUCUUUUUUGCACAGCUCCAUUUGCCCCGAGUCAUCAUAUUAGCUGUAGCGCGGUUGUAUCGGGGGGCGAAACAUUGUUAUGAUUGUCGGAAAUGUGCACAAUUAUUAGAGCGAAAUUGAAAAAAGUGACGCUGAGAGAGGGCGCUGUGACUAGCCCUAGAGGAUACGCAUAAGCAAAGCGCUGAUAAACACUUUAAAUACUUGCUCGCGGCGCUAAAGACUAUUUGGGGACGCUUGCGCGACGAGCUGUUUGUUGUUGUGCGGGCACGUGUUUUUCAAUUUGCCUGAAAAUAUUCUCACUCAACCGUCUAACGCCACCAGCAACGAAUAAUCAACUGAAAGAACGCAUCAACAACGCUUGGACUCGCCUCUUCGUGCGGCGCCUAUUAAUUCGUUGCAAUUAAACAAAAGCCUUACUGUUGGCAGUGUCUAAGCGGAAGCGCCCGAGUGUGGCAAGGUGGAACUGCAAUUAGCAUCAAAUCAAACCUUUCACACACACAGAGACAGAGACACACACACCGGUGGAACGACAAAAUGAGUUCUUCAAGUUCGCUUCGGGCUGGUGGCGCGUUCAGCUCCGCGCUGCAGCUCCUGCUCCUAUUGGCAGCCAUGCAAGAAUCGCUGAGCUCUUACUCGACUACAACAUCGACGACGACGGUCUCGCCAGCGAACCUGCUGCCAUAUUUCGACUUCGAUGUACCGCGCAACUUGACGGUGACGGUCGGCCAGACGGGCUUCCUGCAUUGUCGCGUCGAGCGAUUGGGCGAUAAAGAUGUCUCUUGGAUAAGAAAACGUGACUUACACAUUUUAACGGCGGGUUCAACGACCUACACAUCAGAUCAGCGGUUUCAGGUAAUACGACCUGAAAAUUCUGGCAAUUGGACACUGCAAAUAAAAUACCCACAACAGCGCGACUCUGGCAUCUAUGAGUGUCAAAUUAACACAGAGCCGAAGAUGUCGCUGUCAUACACGUUCAAUGUGAUUGAGCUCAAAGCCAACAUAAUCGGGCCAACGGAUUUGUAUGUGAAGAGUGGCAGCGAUAUAAAUCUCACAUGUCGCAUCAUGCAGGGGCCGCACGAGUUGGGCAACAUAUUCUGGUACAAAGGCACCGAAAUCAUUGACAUGUCAGCGAAUCUAAAUGAGAUCGACAGCGCGACGCGGAUUAGCGUCGACAACGAUUGGACAGAUGGAUUGACAUCAAGAUUGAAAAUUCGCCGUGCCAUGCCCUCUGACACCGGAAAUUAUACGUGUGUGCCAACGAUAGCGAAAUCAUCCUCGGUUUAUGUGCACGUCAUAAUCGGUGAGCACCCUGCGGCCAUGCAACACAACUCGAGCAGCAUGUACAGCGGCAAUUUCUACUGUAGCAUUUGUUGCAUGCUCUUCACCAUUUUCACUUGUUGUUUGCAACAUUUCCUCGCAACAACAACAGCGGCGGCAACAAUACUCACUGUGGCAACCAGAAGCGCCAGCAAAUGCAGCAGAAGUAAUAACAACAGCAACGACGGCGGCGGCGGUGGCGACGGAAGCGGGGGUGAAACUUCAACGGCAACGCCACAAUGCACAGCACGCGCCACCAAUGACUGCAGGUGCGUGAGUAUAGGGUGUAGCAACAGGCGCAACUACCAAAGACACAGUCGCAGCCGCCGCAGCCCGAGGCGCAUUAGCAUUAGUGGUGCAACCGCAAGAAGUUCGCAUGCAACACGCGCACUCAGCGAAAUUACAAGAUGAAGAUGAAGUUGUGACCGAGCACAAACAAUUAUACUGACUCACACACUCACACACUCAUACAUACAUAUAUACAAACACAUGCAGGAGUACGGCGCUAAAUGAAGUAGUUGACGCAACAGUUGCGCGCUAUGCUGAAGGCCCGCGCGGGCGUUGAGUUGGCAAAACGAAAUGGGAGCAGUGCUGAAGCGGCAAAAGGCGUCUUGCCGAGUGCAGCAGUUCGGGGCGCGCAAGUGUGCAGAGGGGCGUUAACGCAUUAAAGUUAAAACACUCACGCACCCAAGUGCUGCAAACAACGCGGUUGAACGUCCUGUUCCGCGCCGCACCGCCCCUUCCCGCGUUGUGCCGCAAGAGACCAGGCGCAGCUGGUGAUUAAACGGCGAACGCGGCGCCAGUGUGUGUGUGCGAUUUUAACGAACAAGCGCGCAGCUCUAGCCGAGCACUCGGCGACCUGCAUUCGACUCACUUGUGGCGCCGCCUCCCGCCUGACUCUCCUCGCGUUGGAGUGCCGCGUCAGCAUAUGACCAGUUUACUGCCGACUGAGGCCCAGCCGCGCCACAUUGCCACAUUUUUCUCAUUGAACGAACUCGCGCGCUCGGCUGUGCGGCCAUUUGGGUUAGAAAUUUUUACGAAAUUACUUUUACUUUCCCACACACAUAAACUGAUAUAAAACGUACACGACGGACUACUGAUAAUAAGUUAAAAUGUGGAGAAACACAUAAACACACACACACGCACGCAACCUUUAAGAUACAUACAUAUAGAUGAGAUAGAUUCAAGAAAUCAAAUAACUGUAGUGAAAUUUAAGCGAAACACUUGUAGUGAAUAUAGUAAUUAUAGUAAAAAUAACAGUAAAAGUCAAACCAAAAAAAUCAUAGCAAUUAAGCCAACAACUAAAAUUGAAGAUUCUCACACACAUACAUAUAUAUAUAUAUAUAUAUAUGAAUAGUCUAAUUUAAUACCUUAGAUGUAAGCGUGCAUGUUGAGCGGUGCGUGCUGAGUCAUCCGUUUUGAGAUCAGUAAUUGAAUUGCUGCAUCUAGCGGUGGUACGUUGGUAUGGUGAUGCUAAAAUUUAAGACUUAUUAGUCAUAGUUGAAAUUUGAUUGAAAUUGUUGCUGUAUGCAUAAUGGCUUCUGUACUUGUGCAUAUGUAUGUGUAUGGAAAUAUUGACCUCGGUAGUUAUAUAUAUUUUGCCUUAAAACUUGGCUGAUGCUCAUUGCAUUUGUUGUUGUUUUCUUGAGCAAAGCUUUCAAAAUAUCAUUUUCGAUUCAAAACAGCUGACCAUCUACUUUUACUUAAGGGGCACACCUAGUGUAAUGGCCUAAAAAAAAGUGAUUUUUGGGAAUUUUUAUUAAAAAAACUACUUUAUCAAUUAUUUCAAAAUUUCAAGAAUAUAUAUACAUGUUUCAAGAAUAUACAGUGAAAUUUUUGAAAAAAAAAAUUAAAUAUUUUUUAAAUUAUAGUCGAUCUCCAACGGCGCGAAAAAAAGGUCCUUCACUGCUGCAGUGAUUCCGGCCACCUCCGUGGAUGAAAUCUAAAAAAAAAAAAAAUUCUCCUUAAACUAGAUAAUAUUGUCUGGACAAUGACCUACGAUAAAAAAAAAAAAUCAAAAAUUGACAAUACGGCGGCUUUAAAAAAAAAAAUAGAAGAAUUUUACCCAAAAUUUUGGUCGUUUUUAGCCUGCCAAAAUACGAUUUUUUGAUCAGAUCAAAAAUCGAUAGGUCAUUGUACGGAGAACUAUAUAAAGAACAUGUAAAAAAUACUCGAUAGUGAUCGGAUCAUUUGUUUUUGAGUAAUCACUGCAUCAAAUUUGGAAAAUGAUGUUUCGAGAAAAACGCGUUUAAAGAUAAAAUGAUGGUAUUCACUGUUACCGAGCGGCUGCUCUUUAAAUUGCUAUAACACAAAAACUAUUUGAGAUAUCGAUUUGAAAUUUUAAUAUGUUAUUUUUAAAGGUAAUGUAAUCUACCGAAAUAUGAACCAAAAAAAAAAAAAUGAUUUUUUUUGAAAAUUCACACUAGGUGUGCCCCUUAAAUUUAUAAAUAUUUCUUUUCCGGUCUCAACUCGGAUUCAGAAUCUUAAAUUUUUGUACAAAUAGUUGCAUUGAAUUAUUUUGGUAUAUGAAAUUCAGUUGUGAAUCGAACAAUAAACUGGCAUAACUCUCUUAAAACUGGUAUAAGCAAAUAUGAGGUGAUUGAAAAUCGUGUAUAUGACUUUGAAGAGUUCUCAAUAUAUUCUCUUAUAUCAAAUUGAACUUUAUAAAUUUGGUGUUGCGCUCAGAUAUAAAUUAAAAGCAUAAUUCGAGCUUAACAAGCAGAAACGUGGCGAAUCGAAAGCUGCUCAUACUUUACCAUAUUUCAAAAUCGUUUCAAAAAUUUAAGAAUUGCCGUUAAAUUUUCUUAUUGUAAAUUAAUUAAAGGAUUACAAAUAAAAAAAAUUCACUUUUAUUUUCUCCAAAAAAAAUUAUUAUUUUUUUUUUAAUAUUCCUGCUUGCCCCACUUCUCAUUCUAUCCGGCGGCGUAUUGCCCAUUCAUACAGACAUAUGUACAUGUAUCUAUACAUAAUGAAAUGUGUAAUUGUAUGCAAAAAAUAGUUGGUACGCGUGUGUUCACCUGGCGGCGUUGAAGACACUCAAAUAUAUGCGCGUGGCUAUGUAAUUAGUAUAACGGGGCGUCGGAGCAUUUAAGCGACACACAGUGAAUGUGAAAAUGAAAUGAAUGAUAAUAAAAUUAAUUGGUUAAAAUUUGCAAUAAUGAGUGGCUAAAUGAAAUUUAAUACCAUGCACAAUAUAGCUGUAGCCGUAAUUUGUAAUAAUAAGCAGUGUUUUUUAAAACCCCCAUGUACAUAUACAUACAUAUAUUCACCUAUUGCUAAUUAUAACUACAUUUAAUAUAUUUAAUGGAGUAAAACUAACUUUUAUAUGUCGGCAUUGCAAUUGUGCAAUAUAAUAUUUGUGAGUGCUGAAAUUAAUUUGAAUUUUUUCAAUGUCAUUGAAAACGAGAUUUUCGCGUGGAAAAUAAAAUUAUUUUGAACUGCAAAAAUAUAAUGCGGCGCUCCAUCAUGUGAUUUUUGCACAUACACACAUACACUUUUUUGAAGUUGGUGGCGAAAAUUUGAUACUUUAUUUUAUUCCUAGAAUUAUUCUCAUGAAA